GGAAAACAUUUCGUUCAAAUAUUGACCAUGUCUGAUUUUCAAAACAUUUCUGCUUUAAUGUCGAAAAAGGCUUCAAUGGAAGAUGAAUUAAACACUCUACAUAACGAAUUAAAAAUGAUAGGAACGAAUUUAACCGAAAAUUUAAUUGACAACGAGGGAUUCCCAAGAUCUGACAUUGACAUUUUAUCAACAAGAAUUGUCAGAAAUAAAAUUAAUUGUUUACAAAAUGAUUACAAGGAUUUAAUGAAAAUCAUUGAAAACAUUCUAUAUGAUUUGCAUUCACAUAAAAAUCAUGAAAUCGCUAAGGAAAUGGAAAAGCUAGAUAACUCUAUUACAAAAGAAGGUUUUCUAAAAAUAUCUUCAGUUGAAAAACAAUCUCCGGCCUUUAUUGCCGGUUUAAAACCAGGAGACGAAAUUUUACAAUUCGGAUCGAUGACAAAAAAUAAUUUUGAUGGUUUAUCAUCUGUGGCUCAAAUUGUUCAGCACAGUAAGAACAAAACUAUUCUUUUGAGAGUUCGGAGUGGAAGUGAGGUUAAAAUUCUGAAGCUAAAACCUAAAGAAUGGACUGGAAUAGGCUUGAUUGGAUGUCAUAUUAUUAUAAAAAAUUAA